AGAGGUCUUCCAGGAGGGCCCCAAGGACCAACGUCACUUCCUCCGUAAGCAUUUUGGCUCAAGCCAUUUUGGCUCAAGCGAUUUGGGCUCAAGCAAACGUUUUGGGCUCUGCGGAGAGUGCAGUGGCCCUCGUCGUCCCGAACAUGCUCGACGAGCGCACAUGGUUUAUCAUGUUCAAUGUUUUGCCGCUGGUUGCCGUAGUCAAAUUUGCCCAUCAAUCAUCGGGGAGGGACCUCUUGUCGCGAAGUUGCUUAGACUGUAAAGCAAUCGGUGCAGCCAUAAAGCGGCUAUUCAUCACACCCGAGGGCCCGUUGCAUCGUCAAUUGAAUGAAAUGGCGCGCAGGCGGCUCACAGAGCAGGUAACUUGGGGAUGCCCGCGGAUCUUGCUAUGCAUCAUCUGUUAUAACAUAUGGCGCAUACUGGAGGACGAUAUUUCCGACCGGUCGCUUUUUGUCAACGUGGCGAUCACUCUAUUCAUUCUUGUAGGUGUUCUCAAGCCACGUUUGAUCACCCCUACGGUCAUGACAGGGACGCAGCUGAUUUAUUAGAUUGUCCUCAUCUACAUUGCGAUCACUGCUAACAAUAGCGACGCCUUUCUGAACGCCGCCCCUGCUCGAAUUUGCCAGCGGCUCAUGAUCGCCAUAGCUGAGGCGAAGCCCAGGAUGACUAUGUUUUUGUGUAUGAUAUACGUCGCCCUGACGCCAUGGCAUGACCCGCAGGAGUCCAUUUCAUCGCUUUUCAUCUACGCCAUAACAGCCACCGUCACGCGGUCCCGCGAUGCUGAGUUCCUAGCAACGUUGGAGGCGAAGGCAGCGAGAGAUGUUGGGUCCACAGCCACUGGACUCCUUUCAAGUGUGUGCGACGCGGUGGUGCAUCUGUCGAAAGAUCUUCAGUUCUUGGAGCAGUCCAGUCACCUUGCCUCGCUACUUCUCAGACCUCCCAUCGAUAUAGGAGUCGGUACCUCCUUUGUUGAUCUAGCUUUCGACGAUACUGAGGUAGAACGUCUGACUGAUUUUUUGAAACGGCCAGAGUCUAACACUAGCACUCUUCACGUGUCCUUCAAGGAUGCACGGGGCAGCCCUGUAAAUGUUCAGCUGUUCCACGCCCGGGGAGUUGAUAUGGACGACGAGCCCAUCCACAUCGUUGGUGUGAAGGAUGAUUCGGACGAGCCUCGGGCGCCGCCCGAGGCUACGUUUCGCGACAAUCCUGUGGCGCAGCCUUUCACGCCUGGAGGUUUUGCAAGAAUCCCAGAGGAUGCGGUCAGCCUCUCAGGGAGCUCCUCUUCUGGUCUACUGACCGACGCCCCGAGCGGGGUACUGUCUGUUCACCUCGACCCAAAAGCGUUGGGCUUGCGCGUAUUAAAGUGCACCCCCGAGUUCACGAGUUUGGUUGGGCCUGUUGGCGAGGGCGUUGAGUGGCCGCAGUGGGUCAUUAAUGAUGCGGACUUUGUGAGCUGGGAACAGGGUGCGUUCCGUGCUCUGAUGGACGCUCAUAAAGACAGGGAUGGCGAGCAGGACAUCGAGUUGGACGUAGAUCCAUUCCCGAUCCGCCUCAAGCUGCCCCACAUGGGUCCAAGAGUUUCCGAGGUGCAAGCGAACGCGAGCUUGAGGCUGGACGUCUCGGAGGCCGAGGGCGGCAGCGCGUCCCUCGACCCACUGAUGCUGAUGAUUCUGGGUGAUGUCCGCUACGUUCCUCGAAAAAAGAGGGUGCGGCCGCGGGGUCCACCGAGAACCAUCUCGGUAUUAUGACCAGUGGUGCUCCUUUCUCACCCUCCCUCCAAGAAGCUUCUUAUGGUGAUGUGCUGUACGCCGUGGUCUGGCUCUCCCUUCUUCUGCCUCCUUUCAUCCUGAGGUCUUCGGCAUGAUGCCUCAGCUGGGCCACUUGCUGCAUGUUUCAAUUUUCGUACCUCCGCCGCGCCAGUUCGUUCGUGCAUGCGGUUGCGAGCAUAACCGCCUCGCGCCAGUUCGUUCGUGCGCGCCAUGUAAUAGUUAGAGCUAUUUGCAAGGGCAGUCGGCAAGCGAUUAUCGUAAUAAGUUACCACCGCGCUUAGCAUUGUACACACUGCCGUGCAUUUUCCAGAGCUGUGCAGCUAUUUUCCGCGCUCAAGCGCGAACUCCAGCGUCCUGCUACGGUCUUGCGAUCCUUUGAAUUCUGAGACUGGAUGUUCAACCAUGGAAGAAAAAAGGAC